AUGGAGCACAGGAUUCGCAUUUCCGUUCCCCCUGGAGACAGCUUCGCCGUCGUCGAUAUGUUCAUAUUUGAAAUCCCUGAUACGUCGACGCCUAACGCAAUGUCUUCAAGCAGGCACAUCAUCACAGCAUUGGGCACAUCAACCGUCGAAGAUACAACCCCGGUGCCCUCUCCGACCUCUCCGAAUAAUCCGGAAGGCUGGAGUUUCCCAUCGCGCAAUAUUCCGAUCGCGUUUGGCAUCGCCGCAAUGGGUCUGGCCCUCGUGGCCAUUUUUGUCUUCCUUAUAUGGAGACUCCGUUGCCGGAAAAGGCAAGACGCAAACACUCCUGGCUUGCCUACAUCAGCAAUUGGCGGACCGUCGACGCCAUCGACGCCUCAGGGACUACCCAUUCCAUCGUGCCACUUGAAUAACACGCCGGAGAUCAGGAUUGCCAGUGUCCUUCAGUCAGAGUUCGGAAGCCCCACAUCUACUGCCCUUCGGACUUACGGCUCCUUUUCAACAACGCUCUAUCCCACAAUAUGGCCAUCUACAUCAAUGCGACCGUAUCUAGCAGACAUUCUUUUACGAACCUCCUAA